CUGACUGACGCCGGCUGGGGCCGCUGAUCCGGUCCCCGCCGCCCCGGGCGCGCGCAGCCAGGCCGGGAGUGCACGGCGCGGAGCGGGCUGCGGGGACCCACCGCAGGGCGGGGGACCGCCGGACGGGGCGGGGGGGAUUAGCGCCACUCGGGGACAGUGUGCCGCAGAACGUCAGUGACAGGUGGACGUGGGCCACGCGAGGACAGAGAUUUUUUAAAAGAGCUAGCCAGCCCGCUCCGGGGCUCAGGAGAAGGUGCACCCGCUGCCCAGCCUGAGCCGGUCCCCGCCGGUCCCCGAGGACGAGGAAGACCCGGGACGCCCAUGGAGGGUCACUUGCGGCCUCCGGCCCCGAGGCCCUGCCGGCCGUGAGGGGCGCCCGCCCGGUCCCCGAGUGCCCGGUGCCCGCCCGCCGCCCCCGAUGCACCCCGGCACGCCCAUCAGCUCCCUCUUCUCCUUCACCAGCCCGGCCGUGAAGCGGCUGCUGGGCUGGAAGCAGGGCGAUGAGGAGGAGAAGUGGGCGGAGAAGGCGGUGGACGCGCUGGUGAAGAAGCUGAAGAAGAAGAAGGGGGCCAUGGACGAGCUGGAGCGCGCCCUCAGCUGCCCGGGGCAGCCCAGCAGGUGCGUGACCAUCCCGCGCUCCCUGGACGGGCGGCUGCAGGUGUCCCACCGCAAGGGCCUGCCGCACGUCAUCUACUGCCGCGUGUGGCGCUGGCCCGACCUGCAGUCGCACCACGAGCUGAAGGCGCUCGAGUGCUGCGAGUUCCCCUUCGGCUCCAAGCAGAAGGAGGUGUGCAUCAACCCCUACCACUACCGCCGCGUGGAGACGCCCGUGCUGCCGCCGGUGCUGGUGCCGCGACACAGCGAGUACAACGCGCAGCUGAGCCUGCUGGCCAAGUUCCGCAGCGCCUCCCUGCACAGCGAGCCCCUGCUGCCGCACAACGCCACCUACCCCGACUCCUUCCAGCAGCCGCCCUGCGCCGCGGGCCGGCCCUCGCCCGGGCCGCCGUUCCCGCCGUCGCCGUGCGCCGCCGGCUUCCCGCAGUCCCCCGGGAGCCCCUCGGAGCCCGGCAGCCCCUACCCGCACUCAGACCUGCGGCCCGUCUGCUACGAGGAGCCGCAGCACUGGUGCUCGGUGGCCUACUACGAGCUGAACAGCCGCGUCGGGGAGACCUUCCAGGCCGCCUCGCGCAGCGUGCUGGUCGACGGCUUCACCGACCCGUCCAGCAGCCGGAGCCGCUUCUGCCUGGGGCUGCUGUCCAACGUGAACCGGAACUCCACCAUCGAGAACACCCGGCGGCACAUCGGCAAGGGCGUGCACCUGUACUACGUCGGGGGCGAGGUCUACGCCGAGUGCGUGAGCGACAGCAGCAUCUUCGUGCAGAGCCGGAACUGCAACUACCAGCACGGCUUCCACCCGGCCACCGUCUGCAAGAUCCCCAGCGGCUGCAGCCUCAAGAUCUUCAACAACCAGCUCUUCGCCCAGCUGCUCGCCCAGUCGGUCCACCACGGCUUCGAGGUCGUCUACGAGCUGACCAAGAUGUGCACCAUCCGCAUGAGCUUCGUGAAGGGCUGGGGCGCCGAGUACCACCGCCAGGACGUCACGAGCACGCCCUGCUGGAUCGAGAUCCACCUGCACGGGCCGCUGCAGUGGCUGGACAAGGUGCUGACCCAGAUGGGCUCCCCGCACAACCCCAUCUCCUCCGUGUCGUAACAGUCGCCCCCACCCCGGUCCCGCGGAGCAGACGCCGCCGCAGGCCGCGGCUGGCAGGUGGCCGAGCACGCGUAUCGAUCCUGCGCACAACACGAACUGCUCACCGACUCUGUCACCGUCACCGUUGCUUUGGGGCUUGCUAGUUAACCGGACGCCAGCGCCGCGCGACAGGAAGGGAGGCGCUGCGAGCCUGGGAGACGCGGAGCUGCGUCUGUCUGCGGGCGGAAGCGGAGGGAGGCCGCCGGGUGCGGAGGGAGGCCGCCGGGUCCGCAGGGUGCGGGGUGUUUGCGGGGCGCGGGGCGGGAAGGGCGUGGUGUGUGGGCCGCCGGAGACGCGCCAAGACUGUGCGCGUAGCAGAGGCCAGGUCCCAGCAGCGCUGGAGCAAAGGACGCUUUCAGACAAAGCAAAGCAAUCCAGCUCACGUAAUUUAAAUGACCUCACCUUUAGUGCUAUCCGCGAGAAAAAAAAAAUCAAGCUAAUACAAUCAAUUAAGUAAGAGAAGCCGCAUCAGCUUUAUGUCUGAAGUCGAGAUACUUACAGCUGGGCGAUUGCGCUGAUCUUAACGGUUCGUUUGAAACAGAGUUGAGCUGUGAUCGGAAAAGAGAAACUGUGACGCGUACGGUACGCUGCCUCCUGACCCCCCGCUGCAAACGAGUACAACGGCAAGUCCAGUGUGGCAGGCCAGGAGGGAAAACAGCAUGGAAGGAGGUCGGCUCCCAGACUGCAAGGCGAGACCCGCCUAGUCCCAGAGCCUGUGGCCGCGGUCCCCUCCCCCGUCGGCAAAUGUUCACUGUUCACAGGUCACCGGAUCCAUGGCGAGGCCUCGGGAGAACACCGAGGCCCGCGGCUGGGGCCCCGUUUGUGAAUUCUCUAACUCGCUGUCUCGGCAGGGCGGACUGUCUGCGGCUGGAGUCUGGCAGCCUCUGACAGAGCUGAAGUCUCGUACUGGGAAACACCUUCCCCAGGAGAGCGAUAAUAAUUUUGUGACCUCUGUCAUUGCUGGAGAACAGUGGUACUGAAUAACGGGACAUUUUUUAAAAUGCACAGUAAAACCAUGUUCUUGUUUGCCUUUGGAGCAUAAAGAGGAAGGGUCCCCAAAUGUCCAGGUACUCUCGUCUAGGUAUAUGUAUUAUAAGCUCCACCUACUAAACGUUGUAUUGCUCGGAAAACUACUGCACACCCUCUUAAAAAUGUAUAAUUUAAGAAAGGAAAUUAUACGCCUGUAACAGAUGGUACUUCCGUGAUUCAAGAGGUCUCUUCACUCACACGUUCUGUCCCAGCUCUUCCUGGCGACAGUGCCCGCCUCAGGUGCUUCUCGGCACCUCGCACUGCAGGUACAGAGGAGCGUGUGAGACAGACGGGUGAGCUGCCAGCGUCGCCUCUCUAACGACCAGUGUGCUCUACCAGGGGCUUUCCUGUGCGUGAUAGGCGACACCGCAUUUCCCAGGAAGACUGGGCGGCCUGUUUAGUGCCUAGAAAUCCCCGCAGGUCACUGGUUCGUGUGCUGUGGGCGGCGCACCUGUGCGCCCCAGGUGCAGCGCCAGGGGCUGUGGCGUCUACUGUAAGCGAGGGACAGCCAGCCCUCUGGGGCUCGGGGUCUGACAGGGACCCUGUUUGUGUGGCCGUCUCCAGGUUCCAGAGCUUGCAAAGCAAAGCAAAGCACACCACCUUUCUGCAGCCUAAAGAAUGCCACUGAUUUCUCAGUCACCUCUGUUUGGAAACCGACUUCCCCCCUCUUCCGGGCACGCAGGUAAAGAGUGGAGGCUUCCUUGGAUAAAUGCUGCUUUUCUUCCGUGUCCCCAGCAGCUCUCCCCCUCCCCUUGCGUCUCUUUCCCAACAGCCUUCCACCCCCCUUUUCCUCGGGAGGGGCGAGAACGCGGGGACUCUCCCUCCCACGAGUGCGGUUCUGCAAGAGAGCCGCCGGUUCUCCUGGCGCCCGACCCGGAGCGCAAGCCCACUUUCCGGAUCGAACCCCCCUCCGGCGUUCUCGCACCCCACGGAACUCGGCAGCGCUGGUGGCUCACAAGGGACGUUGUAAAACCUGUGACUCCCACGCAGCGUUGGGAGCCCAGGACAAAACGUCCCCGCACACCUGAGUCACCUGUUUGACAAAUAGAGGACGGAAGCGGUACACGGGCCUGGCCAGCAGCCAGGGUCUCACCAGAAGCCCAGGUUCAGGUCUGCGUCAGGCCCGGAGGGGUUCAAGUUAAGGGAAUGAAUCCUUCAGUCGUCGUGACAAGGUCACGUUUCAGCCUUUUUGAAUGAUUAUUUUUACUGGGAAAAGUUGUCGGACGCUGUAAUGCACUGUUUGGUUUCAGACGUAGAUACGGGCUCAUUUGCAUUCAUUCCCUGAAGGAGACCAUCCGGAAAAAUGUCACCCCCUCCUUCCCCAGGGCAGCUGGCCUCGGGGACAGGCCGAGCCUAGAAGCGCCCCCGUGGCACGGAGCGUGCCCGGGGGACCGUGGCCCAGCGUGCAACCGGGAGUGACAAUGUGGGGCCUGCUCACGAGACCAGAACGUUUACCCCGUGGUUCAGGCGUGGUUAUUUUUUUUUCUUGUAAAAAAGAGAGAGAUGUAAAAAGUGUUAGUUAGAUGAUACUGUAAUACCUGCCAGUGCUUCGGAGCUACAAAGAUGUCGCUGUUCAACACACUGACUUUGUUUUGACUCGAUGUAAGUCAGAAAAAGCUGGGAUACAACGUAGCAUUUAGAAUCCCGUUUCAUUGUCUUCUCGGGACCGGAACACCUCACAGCCACACACGAGCAUUUGAUAAGUAUCACCUGCUACAGUUUUCGUGCCUGCUGACUUUCAUGCGUCCUGAACAUUUGGUGUGUGUGUGUAUCUAGUAAAUAGAGCAAAAUACAACAUGCAUUCCAAAUCUCGUCUUUCCCGGUUAGGAUGUAACAGCCGAACUGUACGGCAAGAUCGGGCAACCCUGGCGUAUGCCGAGGAUCAGUUCAAAUUCAUGGUGAGUGGAACUGUGGUUCUUCCUUUGAGUCAUGUUUCCGAUUGUGACAUCUAGGUAUCGGCUGGCCCUCUGAGGCGCACUUGCACCGUCACCCGACCGUGUAUAAUAAAGAAUACUGCACCUGCGCGUCUCGGCUCGUUUUCCCGGCAAACCUCGCAGUGGGGUGGAGACUUAGGAAGAUCUUCAACCGCCUCGUUCUGAAAAUAGAACGUCUUAAAAGUCCAAUAUGCGCUAGGUAAUGGUUUUAAAAAAAUUAAACAUCUUGGGAUGGCUGGCAUUAAAUGUGGAAUUUGAAGACACCUGGCUGUUACUUCAGAGGGGGUGGCCAUCGGUCGCAGCUCCCGCUCUGAGUGCUGGCAGAUGCCAAGCGGCACUGCGGCGGGCGGGAAAGAACGCACCGCUUGGUUACCGUGAGCACCAAGUGUCGCUGCGUGUCGCCCGUGAGAAAGGGGCCAAAGAAGGCUAGUGCGGAAGAGCUAAGGAAAUCCAGGAAGAUCUCCAAAAAUGUAAAUUCUCCAUUUCCUCUCUUUAAAAUUUCCUUUUGGUCCUAAAAUAAAGGAGGGAAAAUGUAACUGUGUUGUGAAAACUUCGCCUUGGUAUUCACUUGGUCAAGGUAUUCCUUUAAAGAAAGAAAGAAAUGGAGCCUUUUAUUCAAAACAAGUAUUUGGUGGGAUUCCAGCGAAUGAAAGAUCCUCGGGCUCAGCUGGAGGCAGGCAGGGGUCCCGAGAGUCUGGGUUAGGGGUCAGGAUUCGAAGAGCAGACUGCGCAGUUUGCUGUUGGCUGCGUCUCCCCCCGUUCGCGACCCCGUGCUUGCCUCUAGCAUGUGGUGUCGACGUUCCAAACUCUAACAAGUACAGAUUUUUAGUAGAUCAUGGCAUAGACAUAAAACAGCGGUUUUCCACCUUUUUCGUCUCAUGGCACACGUAAGCUAAUUAUUAAACUUUUGCAGCACACCUCCCCAAUUUUUGUUUGUUGAUCUGACAAUAAAUAAAUAAAUAAAUAAAUAAAUAAAUAAGUAAA